UUUGGGUGCAUAAUUUGUAUAUACAAAAGUGUAAUGAAGAAGGUAAAGAGAAAACCCUAGAAAUAACUUGACAGAGAAUAAUCACUUUUGCUUCUGUCAAAUUUGACAUUGCUGCCGGACGGGAGCAGCCUCCGCCAGCGUCCCCUGGUCGCCACUGCCAGCUCUGAGCUACAACGAAUACCCAUAGGUCUACGCUACCGCCAGCGCACCCCCGGUCCAGAUCUCCACUCAUCCCAUAACAUGGUAAGUCAUAAGUGUCCCCCAUUUUGGCAUAUUCAACUUUUGGAAUCUCGGUUGAAAAUAUGUCGAAAUUCCUCUGUACUGUUUGUUUCAGAUUGUGCCUUUUGAGAUUCAUUUCUUUCUUCACUCUGUUCAGGAUAAUGCGUUUUUUCUUUAGUUGAGACUUGAGAGUUCAUAGAAAUAGUGCGCAUUAUUUUAUCGUAAAUUUGUAGCUGUCUUGAUUGCCCAGAUGCUCCUUGUAUGUGAUUUUUUUUCUACAUGAUGUUUACAUAAACAGUUCACAGAAAAAAGGGAAGCUUUUUAUUUUUUAUUUUUUAAAUGUUGUAUUCUUGGGGUGCUGUUGUUAUUUUGUUCAAAUAACAUUUUUAUGUAUUUUUCAUGUAAGCUAAAAUGGAUGUAGGUGAAGUUCAUGAGUUUGACGCUGUUAAUGUUUCUGUGUGUGUAUAUAUUAGUUUUGACUUAUAUUGUGGGUGAAUGCACAUGAUUUAAUUUUCCUGUGCUAGUAAUUUUUGAAGCAAAUUGAGUUAAAAACUUAAUAGUAAACUAAAACGCUUACAAUUUGUACAAAAAUGAUCUAAAGAAUUGCCGAAAACUAAUGAAGAAAGUAUUUCACUUAGUGGCCAAAAUAUGAGGAGAUGAGUGAACCUUGAAAGUGGCGUUUGACAGCACAGGAUAAAAAUUGUAAUAUUGUCUAGCAGAUUCUUUUGACUGAUGAUAAGGGUAGUUGAAAUCUUGAAAUGAAAAUGUAGUGGUAGUGGACAACAUCAACAUUUCUGCGGAGUUUGAUUGACAGUAAAGGUAACUGAUGAGGAGAGUUUCUGUAGUUGUUUUGGAUUCUAGGGAUGUAAUUGUAAAUAGAUUGGUCUAGGAAGUGUAUAUUGACAUAAUUUAGGAGGUGCCUGUGUAACUUUACUUUAAAUUUGUGAUUCAUCUCAAUUGUGAAUUGGAAUUUCUCUCAAGUUCUAAGAAGUUAUCACAGGUUGUUCAGUUUUGGGGAGUUUUUUUAUUUGUGUGGGAAAGGUUGGGGAAAAGAGGUUAAAAAAAUAGUAAUGGAUCUAUGGAGAUGUGACCCUGCUUUUCUCCGUUUGCUUCCUAAUUUCUUAGCCAAGAGAUUACAUAUACUAUGGUUUUAUGUAACACAGAUGGUGUAAUGUACUAACACAGUUCUGCUCUGUGUUUUACUUAAUUGUAUUUACUAUUUAUCGAUUAGGAAUUCAUGACCCGUCUUCUUAAUUCCACUACAUUUUAUUUUAGGUUCAGUUUGAGUUGAUUAACACAAACCCAUGGUCUAUCCUGUUUCAAUUUUGCUUUUUUAUUUUGCAAUUUCAUUAUUUCAUUUUAGCUUAGCAUUCAGUUUCACACUUGGAGGUAAGAACAUGGCAUGGGCUGUUUGGUAUACAUGUUUGCUUACUCAGGAUUGGGAAUUUAAAGCCCAACCCAUGUUUGGUAUUACAUUUUUAUUUUUGUAGCUGGGGAUUCAUUUUACUAUGGGCUCAACAUUGAGGUAAUAUCCACCUCUUGAUAACACAAGAGUUUCAUUUCUCAGGAAAGCUCACCCGACUGGAAGAACAACCAAGCCUAGCCGCCUCUGCUCUUUAUCUCCUUCCUUCCAUCAACCAAUUCUUGCUAAAUCAGGUUUUGCUGACAAUUAAAUCAAUAGAAAUAUGAUAGAACAUGGAAUUUCUGGAGUUGCACUCUGGAAUGGCUGUAUUUAUUUAGAUCAAGAAGCUGCUUGCUGGCUGUAGCAACAAAUCUGUAAUAAGCAUUCGAGAAGAUUGUCUGGGAAAAUGGAGUGUAAUAAAGAUGAGGCUGCUAGGGCAAAAGAGAUUGCAGAAAAGAAGUUCUUGGCGAAGGACAUUAUGGGUGCAAAGAGGUUUGCUUUGAAGGCUCAAACUUUAUUUCCUGGGCUUGAUGGUAUCGCCAAAAUGUUAUCAACGCUCGAUGUACAUAUUUCUGCUGAGAACAAGAUAAGUGGAGAAGUUGAUUGGUAUGGCAUACUUGGUGUGGAUCAAAAAGCAGAUGAUGAGACUGUUAGGAAACAGUAUAGGAAGCUUGCUCUUAUGCUUCACCCUGAUAAGAACAAUUCCAUUGGAGCUGAUGAUGCUUUUAAGCUUAUUUCACAAGCAUGGGCUUUGUUGUCUGAUAAGGCCAAGAGAGUAGCUUUUGACCAAAAGAGGAAUGCAAUAAUGAAUCAAAAAAUUUCUAAUACAAAUGGGAAUGCAUCAGCAACAGCUUCAGGGGUGAAUCUCACAAAAACUACAACAUCUAAAGCGAAGCCUCCAAAACCGAAAAGUACUACUCGUGCAGGUUCCUCAACUCACAAGGCAGAGGUUUAUUCCGCAAAACCUAGAAACUCUAGGGCAAAGCCCGCUAAAACUGCCCCUCCAGAAGGUCACUCAGUUCCUGCUUCAACUCAAAAGGCUGGGGUAAAUUCCACAAAAAAAGACUCUAGUGCAAGUCCUCCGACGUGUACCACUUCAGCAACUAGAAGAAGCUCUAGGGCAAAGCCUCCAAAAACUGCCACUGCAGAAGGUGACUCCUCCCCAACUCCUGCUUCAACUGAGUCAGGGUUAAAUUCUACAACAAAUAUGGAAUCUAAAGCAAGUCCUCCCAAAAGUACCACUUCAGCUGGUCACUCAAAUCCCGCUUCAACUUGUGAACCAGGGGUGAAUUCUACAAAAAGUACAGAAUCUGGGGCAAGUCUCCCGAAAAGUACCCUUUCGGCUGGUCAUUCCACAAUAAGUACCGAAUUUAGCACAAAGCCUUUGAGAAGUACUGUUCAACCAGUUCACUUUAAACCUUCAAGUCAGAUGCCAAAAUCCAACUACUUUUUUUGGACAGCAUGCCAUCGGUGCAAGAAGCAAUACAAAUUUCUCAGAAUUUAUCUUGAUCAUAAGCUCCAAUGCUCUGAUUGUCAUGAGCAAUUUCUUGCAGUAGAAACAACUCCUCCUAAUGGCUUGAAGUCACCAGCAUCACCAAAAUCUUUGAAGCAACAAAAGAACUCAAAUAAACGCAAAGCGACCAAAAAGGCAUCUAAUCCGAGAAAGAAAAGUACCGCCCCUCAAAAUGCAGGAACAGGAGGGCUUAAUGGUCCCAAUACACAAAACCAAAACAAGUUUGAUUGGGGUACAUUCACAAAAACUGGUGCUUCAGCUGCUGCUCAAGCCACAACUAUGGUACAACAAGUCUAUCAGACUAUGAAGAGAGGAUUUGAGGAGGUACAUGCAGCAGCAACCGAAAGAGAGGACUUGUGGCGAAAGAAUCGUUGCUCUCCUAGGAAGAUGAGUGGUGCUUCUUCAGUGAGUCCUAACAUCGAAAGAACUUGUAAAAAACCAAAGAGAAAGUGAUGAAAUUAGGUCUGGUAGUAUUAUGAUGCUAAAUUCUUACUGUAGGAGUGUGAGUGCCUUAGUAGUUUAAAGUUUCCUUUUCUAUUUUUCUGUGUAAAGUCGUUUCAAGCUUGAACCUAAUUUUCCUCUUUAGCUAAUGGUUAUGUACUAAAAAAUUAUGUGUUCAUAUACAUUAUAUAAAGUUGAGGUUAGUAACCUUAGGUGGCAUUAGCCAUUAGUUAAAGGAAGAGCUUGAAAUAUGGGCAAAUUUAGACUACUGAUAUAAAUAGAGCAAGUUUUACUAAUUUUAA